AUUUCAAAAAAUCUUUCCGUAAAUAUGUCGAGGCUUGAUAUAAUAAUAUUUGGGGCCACUGGAUUUACUGGAAGAAGAAUCGUGCCGCGUCUUCACGAAAUAUUAAAGAAAGAAAAUUUAAAUUUAACGUGGGGGAUUGCUGGGCGUUCGAAAAAUAAACUUAAAGAAGUUUUAAUCGAAGCUGAACAAAAAACUGGUGAUAAACUCGAUGAAAUUGAAAUUAUUGAAGCUGACAUUAACAAUGAAUCCUCUUUAAAAUCGAUGACAUCGAAAACUAAGCUCCUAAUAAAUACAGUUGGUCCAUUUCGAUUUUAUGGCGAGCAAGUUGUUCAAGCUUGUUUAUCAACAGGGACUCAUCAUUUAGAUGUAGCCGGGGAACCACAGUUCAUGGAAGAGAUCCAAUACAAAUAUCACAAAAUCGCUAUGGAGAAAGGGAUUUAUUUGAUAAGUGCUUGUGGUAUGGAUAGUAUUCCUGCUGAUAUGGGCGUGAUUCAUCUUCAAAAUAAUUUUGAUGGCACUUUAAAUUCGAUCGAUAGUUACCAUUAUGGCGUUGAAGAAAACGGGCCGCAUCCAGGGCCGGAAUUAAAUUAUGCCACGUGGAUUUCGGCGGUUUAUGGGGUUGGUAAGGCCAAAGAAUUGACGGAAUUAAGGAAGAAAUUGUUUGCUAAACGACUUCCGAAGUGUUUGCCACCACCUCAGAAACG